CUCCUUCCCUCCUCGUGUCUUUGCCGCGGCGCUCUAGGGCUCCGGAGCCGACAUGGGCGCCGCCGCGUGGGCAAGGCCGCCCCUGCCGUUGCAUGUGUCUCUUCUGCUGCUGCUGCUUCUGCAGCUCCCGGGGCUGCCCGCGGUCUCCUGGGACCCGGCCGGUUACCUGCUCUACUGCCCCUGCAUGGGGCGCUUUGGGAACCAGGCUGAUCAUUUCUUGGGCUCCCUGGCAUUUGCAAAGCUGCUAAAUCGUACCUUGGCUGUACCUCCGUGGAUUGAGUACCAGCACCACAAACCUCCCUUCACCAACCUGCAUGUGUCCUACAAGAAGUACUUCAAGCUGGAGCCCCUCCAGGCCUACCAUCGGGUCAUCAGCCUGGAGGACUUCAUGGAGAAGCUGGCACCUACCCACUGGCCUCCUGAGAAGCGGGUGGCAUACUGCUUUGAGGUAGCAGCUCAGCGAAGCCCCGAUAAGAAGACAUGCCCCAUGAAGGAAGGAAACCCCUUUGGCCCGUUCUGGGAUCAGUUUCAUGUGAGUUUCAACAAGUCGGAGCUUUUUGCAGGCAUUUCCUUCAGCGCCUCCUAUAAAGAACAAUGGAUCCAGAGAUUUUCACCAAAGGAACAUCCGGUGCUCGCUCUUCCAGGGGCCCCAGCACAGUUCCCUGUCCUGGAGGAACACAGGUCACUCCAGAAGUACGUGGUAUGGUCAGAUGAGAUGGUGAAGACAGGAGAGGCCCAAAUCCGCACCCACCUCAUCCGGCCCUAUGUGGGCCUUCAUCUGCGCAUCGGCUCUGACUGGAAGAACGCCUGUGCUAUGCUGAAGGACGGCACCGCGGGCUCGCACUUCAUGGCCUCUCCGCAGUGUGUGGGCUACAGCCGCAGCACAGCAGCCCCACUUACCAUGACCAUGUGCCUCCCUGACCUGAAGGAAAUCCGGCGAGCUGUGAAGCUCUGGGUGAGGGCACUGAGCGCCCAGUCGGUCUACAUUGCCACUGAUUCUGAGAGCUAUACGUCGGAAAUUCAGCAGCUCUUCAAAAACAAGGUUAAGGUGGUGAGUCUGAAGCCAGAGGUGGCCCAGAUCGACCUGUACAUCCUCGGCCAAGCUGACCACUUUAUUGGCAACUGUGUGUCCUCUUUCACUGCCUUUGUGAAGCGCGAGCGGGAUCUUCAAGGGAAGCAGUCCUCUUUCUUUGGCAUGGACAGGCCCCCUCAGCUGCGGGAUGAGUUCUGAUGCUGGCCAGGGCAUGUCACCCUUCUGGCGGGGGCCGUGACAGCCAAAGGUACUUUCAGAACUGCAAGCUCCUGUUCUUGCCUGUCAGCGAUGGAAGACAGUCCCAGGGAGGUAGAAGGCUUUCCUGCGCGGGGCACAGGGCUUUCAAGCUCCUAGGGGCCCAAAUGCCCUCCGCCCCACGUGGUUCUUUUUUUUUUUUUUUUUCCUCCAAUACCGGGAACCGAACUCACGACCUUGCGCUUGCCAGGCAGGCACUUUUGCCGCUGAGCUAAAUCCCCAGCCCCCCCACGUGCUUCUUGCUGUUUCUCCACUCAGCAGAGCAGUCCAACAUCUGUCUUUUGAUCUGCCCUGGUCAGAGCAGCCUGGGGUGCUGAACUCUCUCCAAAGACAUUUUUAUAUAGAGAUUUUUAUAGUUUUGAUACAAGGUCAUGACUACCCAUGAACUCUUUCUUAUUUUUAAAAAUCAGUGAAGACCAUUAGCAUAGAUACCUAAAGUGACCUUAACUGAAAUGUGGAUGAACCCAGGGUUGGGAUAGGUCUAUUGGCCACUUUUCCUGGUGGCCCCUAAUGUGGCCCCCAGACUUUUCCCAGUGGUCCCCACUGGCUGGCCAGAGCCAUUAUCAUUCCACUUGGAAGGCCAUUGCCAGGCCUUGGGGUGUAAACAUUCUCCUCCAUCGGAAGCACUGUGCAGAUGGCAGCUGUUAGUCAUGGUGCUGUGCAGUCUUCCAGGGCAGCAAAGUGCCACUUGCCCAGCUCAUCCCCUGUGAGGAAUACACGCUACCAAGGUAGGUGACAGUGGUAUUUCUCCCAGUCCUUGGUCACUGAUGGCUGCCACAAACUUGGCAACAUCAGGGCCUCAGACUGCAUUCCUGGGGAUCCAGGCUUUGGGGCCUGACAGGAUCCUCUGAGUCUACCCUCUCCAAGGGCCUGGGGUGUCCAGAGCCUGUUCUCAGCCCCAGGCCUGACACACUGCUUAUUCCCAAAGGAGUGUCUGCCAAGCCUCUGACAUGGAGAUGAUGCCCAGGACCCAGGAGCUAUCUGAAUUCCCAAUUUGGAAGCAUCCUUUGACUCUUCCCAUCCAGUAUGAUCUCUCCUAACGCCAUGAGGCGUUAAGGUGUUAGAGCCAUGAGGUUUAUUGUCUCUCAGUUACCAUGGUUUCUUAGGACCCAAAACACCAGAAAGUCUGAUUUUUUGACCUUGUGGUUCUAAAGUUUCACAUCUAACACCUGUGGGUCUCUUCCCUGCCAAGUGACCUUCCUUCACCUCUGAUCCUAGAUAGGCGGCCCAGAGCUCCACUGGGGCUUCUCCCUUAAUUGGCUUUGGAAAGAAAUCCUUUGUUGUCAGGAACACAGUGAGUCAGAGGUCAGAGGUUGCCGGAGGAUCUCUAACACCAAAGCCAGCAUUUGCUGCCUAGAGCUAUUGCCAACUCUAAGCAAGAGAAACCUCUGAAAACACUUUUGUAGUUUUCCCGCGUAGGAAAACAGUAAAGUGUUUUAAAUCCUGGCAGAGACAGCUUAUCUGUCCAGACUUGCUCUCAAGCCUCACCCAGAGGAAGGGCCACAGAUUGGGGAACCAUGUUGUGAAAGCCUGGCUCACUGGCCAAUUUUAUUUCUACAUUCCUCUGCCAUUCACAGCCUUAGAGUAAGCAACCCUUGAGUCUAGGGCUCUGCCAGGCCAUCCAAAUCAUCGGGAUUGGCAUCUGCAACAACGCUAGCUUGUGUUCUAGGAGCAAAGCCAGUGGAGCUCUCAGACUCAGGUGUGCUUUGUGGGCAAGUGCUUUACUCUUUGACCCAGCUUCCUCGCCUGUAAAGUGGUGAUAAAACCCACAGGUCGUUCAAAGCUCAAAUCAGCUAAAGCCUAUGUAUUUAAGACCACAAUGUAAACUUGAAAAAGACAAAGGCACAUAUGUGGCUAUUGAUUAAUUUGCUUCUUAUUGCACACCUUAUCCAUGCCAGGCACUGUGCUUGCCAAGUACUUUUUAGGCGUUCUCUUGUUUAGUCCCCAUCCCAGCCUGGGAAGUAGUGACUAUUAUUCUUGUCUUUCUGCACAAGGAAAAACAAAUGCUUAAAGACUUCUCAUAAUGUCCCCAAAGCUGUGCAUUGGUGGUGGUAGCCAGUAUUUGUCCUGCCAAACCCAGUUCUGUUAGCCACUGUGCUGUUACCCUCAGUUCACAAGAUGCACUUUACAGUGCAUCUUGAAGAGGCCUCUGCGGGGAAAGAUCAGCCACCUUGGUUUCCAUGGGGCACAUGCUGUGGAUUUGCCACUACCAGGUUUUGGAAGAAAGAGGUCAGUAAGAAACAGAUAGCCCACCACGUGAAACUUACUCAGCCCUUGGAGUUAAUUCAGCAUUCUUUUGUUUAACAAGUAUCAAUCACCUACUAUGUGCCAGGCCCUCAGGUACUAGGUAUGCAGCAAAGUCUUUGCUCUUAAAGGAUUUGCAAUCUAAAAAGUAGAAGGCAUAAUAAAAAAGCCUAGCGUGGGAGGUGUUAAGUGCUCUAAAGAAAAAGGCAAGGGGUGCAGAAGAGGACCUGUCUUAGAUAAGGAGAAAAGCUGCCUUACGGAGAGAAGGAGCACACUGUUCAGAUAGCUGGAGGCUGAGCAGUCCCAGCAGAAGAAGUAGGCUUGUAAAGGGCUGAGGUUGGCCUGUGAGUCUGAGCUGCAACAGGGAGCCAGGGAACAGCAGCAGACCAGGAUGACCAAGUAACACUUCUGUAGCAUGCAGGGCUAGGCUGAGGCCUAGACUUGGCCUUUUAGUUGGAAAGAUACCAUAUGAGGCCCAUUACAGGGUUCUGGACAGGGGAGGGCAAUGAUCUAAUUCGCAUUUCUGAAAGACCCUUCUGGCUGGCAUGUGAAGAGGGUGUUGGAGAGGAGGAGUGAAGGCAAAGAGGUAGUAGGGGGAUGUGGCAGGGGUGCAGAUGAGAGCCUAGGGGCUCACCUCCCCCGGACUGAAAUUCCGGCACCCUCUCCCAAGAGGCAGAAGCAAUUGCAUUAUUUUUAAAUAAAAAUAAUGUUUAAAAAUGUGUUUAGAACUCAGUCUUUUUUGAAGAUAUAAAUCUUUGCAUCCUUUUAAUCAGGCAUCAUAUACAAUUUCAUGUCUUGGUUUUUUUAUUUAAGAGUAUAUCCUAUUUCCCUGCUAGUACAUAGUCUGAACAAAUGCUUUUAACUAUAUAAAGUCCCAUUGGAGGGUAUUCCAUAGUUUGUCAUUUUCUUAUUAUGAGACUUUCACAUGUUCCCAAAGUUUUACCACUGUUAUUUGAAAAAUGUAUUCAUUUGUAAAGAUUUUUCUUUAUUUAAAAUAUGCAUUAAAGUAAAUUCCCAAAGCGAAUUUAUUGGAUGUAAGACUCAAAAGUAAAACUUUUUAUUAUGGAAACAUUAAACAUUAAAAUAUAAACAAAAAUGGUGAGUAGUAAACUGAACUCAAAGUUUUAACAA